AAAGCCGUCGUCUAUGUCAUCUAUACUAUCAUCUAUGAACAUAUUAAUCAUACUUUGGCUUUUCUUUGUAAGAGCCAUGUUUGGAGAUUUAUUAAUUGAAAUAUUAUAAAGGAACCGAAAAUAACCACAAUGAAUAUUGCUCUAAUCUUCUUAUCAUUAUAAAGCUACGUUUAGACGAUCCGCUUGCAAUUGCGCCUUCAACAAAUCCAAUUAAAAUUACAAUCAAUAAAUAGGGAUCAAAAGUCUGUGAUCUACUUUUUAACGAAGCGUUGGCAGCAUCGAAACAUCCAAUGUUCAUUCGUUUAAAAGUUUUUAACUCGAAAAUUAAACAAUGAACAGAUAAAAUCAAUUUGCAAUUUGAAUGAACAGAAACUUCCAUCAUUAAAUGCUGGGAAUACCGGUUUAAACAUGGCCGGCGUAGUGUUUACAACACAACAUGCUUCACUAUUGUAUUAGAUGUUUCGCAAAGAUUAAUGAUUUAUUAGUCUUUAAGUAAGUAUUUGGGAACAGAGAUAGACUCUCCGAUAUUUGGUAUAAACACUAUACAAAAGUGACAUAUUUAUUAAUUUAGACACUCUACAUAUAAAUGUAUUCAAAUAAAAUGUUGUUUAUCCAUAUAAUGUUGAAUUGUGUCCAAAGUAUUUUUGUUGAGAAGUUUAGAGCACAUUGCAUUGCAUGUGCAAUUAAAUUUUGAUAUUGAUGAAAAUUUAGUAUUUUUUGAAAUUUGAUGUUCAAUUAUACAUAGGUGUAGCAGAAAUUGAAUCAUUUUCUCGAAAGGUCUGACACUGCCCUUACAAUGUUUGAAAUUCGUCAAAGCGUAUUUGCUUUUUAAACGAUCACUAUCAAACACCAUUCCUCUGUUGCCAGUAUUAUCCUUAUUCAAUCUAACUAAGACUCACCUUUACAUUACUCUGGACUACCAAACUGGCAGAAAAUAAGGCAAAUACCUACUGACUAAUAAGAGGAUAAAAUUAAAUGACAUUAUCUAUUCUUAGACUGUUUGACAAGCAACAUCUUCAAUAAAGCAAUCGGAAUUUUAUAAAAAUAAACAUAUAUUUAACUUUAGCAUUUAAGUUCUUAUGAUAUUGUAACUAAAUGCCAUCGUUUCCCUUGGUUGAAACAGCUCCAUCCAAUGUGUCUGUUUUGUCGACGUUCAGCAUGGCGGAUUCGGUGCCUCCGAUGUCAGAUGAAAGUUUAUGUAACAUUAGUGUGUUCGACGAGACCUCCUGCGGGGAGCCUAUGAGGGCGCAGCGCCUGCUCAUAGACUUCACGCCGAAUAAAGAAGAUAGUGACUUCGUGCAGAGAAAAAUAUGUACUUUCUGGAAUUUCAUUGCCAAUACGCCUGAGAUCAAGAAUUUAAGGGUGCUACCGGAAAAGGAGACGUCAUACGAUAAGUCUGGCAAGGUGGGCGAGGGGUCGCACUCGCUGUCACUGUCGGUACCCCGGCAGCCGUCCGCCAUGUCAGCUCUGGGGAGCUCCGGCGACUUAGUCGGUACUGCUGUCUCGCAGCUAGAAUUAGUCGAACAAAAAGGCUUAAUUAACCGGAUUUUCGAAGCAAAAAUAGAGCGUUCCGGUUGCACUCUCCUCGGAUCGCGGGAAUACAUCGAGAUGAAUGCUCCGAGCUCGAUGCAAAAGAAGAAAAAGCAAGCUUGUCUAUGCACUACAACAUGCGAUACAUGCCGCGGCGUGACUCCUCCAGCGACCCCGGAAGCUCAGACCGUGAAGAAACUCUGCAAACAGAUGAAAGAGUGGGACGCUAAACAUCCAAAAUCGAUGGCCCCUCCCAGUCACCCGCCGUCCCUGAUCCACAGCGCGCUGCAGCGCCCAGUCUAUCCUAGAGAUUAGUCCAUUUAUAAUUAAUUUUAAUGUUAUUCUUAUGAUUUUUUAAUUUGUAAGUCUUAGUAUUAUGGUUAUUGUAUGUUAAUAUAUACUGUUCGUUAGUUAUAAUAUAUUGUUUUGAUAAAAAAUAUUGUGUUUUUAUGUGAUGCAAUUAACCUACCAAUACGUCAAAUUCUGAACACC